UAUUCUAGGAACUUUAGGCUGACAUCGGAAGUUUCCCAUACUACUGAAUUGCCUGUAGCUCGAAGCGGAAGUGUGCUGAUUAUUGCAGUAUUAAUGUGCGCGAUUCUCACAUAAUUUGUUGUGCGAGGAAGAAACACAGGUAAAAGAAUGUACAGUCCUCUACAAAUUUUACUCUGUAUCACCUGUGUGUCAACCUUACUUGUUUAUGCUAGCAAGAAAACCUGGUCAGUUAUAUCUGAUUCAAGUGACUGUACACACUUAUAUGGAAGUACUGCAGGAUGAAUGAAUUAUCUGAAUGCUGGGUGAGAGCAAAAGGACGUGGGACAUCUCUUCUUGACCUUCUGCUAUAUACAUAAUGUUGAGAUUGCAGAGUGUUCUGCAGUGGAUAAUAUGUGUUGUUAGGCCAGACUGCUAAUAGAGGCUUGCGAUACAUAGUGGUAGACCAAAAAAGAAGGAGCUUGGAAACUAUCUUCUGUGACUAUGAAGGUUCCUGUCAAUGCUUUGUACAGAAAGAUUCUGUGUUUGCUUCCUCAUCAUGGACUUCUUGGUUCUUUCUUAAAUCCUUAUCGCCUGUUCAAACAAUAUUCCUGUUCUAAGACAGAACUGGUUACAGCUGCUGAUCUAGUCAGCUACUGGAAAGAAGUGUUCGAAGCAAAUGAGAUCCCUGAAGCCCGGGCAUCUUCUGAAUAUAUUGUUUCCCAUGUCGUGGGAGCAAAAACAUUCCAGAAUUUGAGUGCGAGCAGUAUCUUAACUUCCCUCUCAGCAAAGCAACGGGAUCAGAUCCAGCAGCUGUGCACAAAACGGCUACAAAGAAUGCCUGUCCAGUAUGUCCUUGGUGAAUGGGAUUUUCAGGACCUGACACUCAAGAUGAAACCUCCAGUUUUCAUUCCUCGGCCAGAAACAGAGGAACUAGUUUCCCUUGUUGUGGAUGAUAAAUACAAGAAGAAGAAACUGACUUCAAAAUACUACAAGGACACUUGGAAGCCCCCAGAACCUCUUGGCUCUGUGAUUUUGGAGAUUGGCUGUGGAUCAGGAGCCAUUGUGUUGAGUCUCCUGAGAAAGUUGCCCCAGAGUCGGGCAAUUGCCAUAGAUAAAUUAGAAGCUGCUGUGAAUCUCACAAAAGAGAACGCUGAAAGGUUACAGCUACAGAAGAGAGUAAAAAUUAUUCACCAUGAUGUCUUUUCAAGUUCGUGGAAAUGUUUACUGCCUUGGGGUUUGAUAGACAUUAUUAUUAGUAAUCCACCUUACAUUUUCCAUGAAGACAUGAGUCACUUGGCGACAGAGAUCCUUCGCUAUGAGGACCUUGGCGCUCUGGAGGGAGGACAUGAUGGGAUGGAUAUUAUCAAACAAAUUUUGAACCUUGCUUCUUACAUCCUCAAAGAUUUUGGGAGCGUAUUUCUGGAAGUUGACCCCAGGCAUCCAGAGAUGGUAAAGAACUGGCUACAUAGUCACCCUGAUUUAUCCCUCUUUGUGUCUGCCAUCCACAAGGACUUCUGUGGAAAGCCAAGGUUCUUGCAUAUCCAAAAAUAUGAGAGAAGGUAAUGAAAAGCUCUGUCCUCCCAGGAUUCCUGUCUUGCAAGAUGAGUCCUUUGAGUAGGACUUGGUGCUGGAACAGACAUUUGAGCCUCUGUUUCAUUUCCUGGGGCUUGUUAGCAGGGUGUAUUUUCACUGGUUCCUUUGUGAGGAACAGACCAUGUGCUAUCUUACCUACAACUGAUUGACGUUGCAUUCUUGGGAUGACAAUGCCUUGCCAUUAAUGGAUAUUAGCAGGCCUCAGAUUCAAUGGGAGUUCACAGGAGUGCAGCUCCUGAACCUUUCUGAGAGUUCCACCUCCUUGUCCAUUUAAUAGUAGGUGCAGCUGCAUAACAAUCCCUGGAUGAGCUCCACCUCCUUUUUUUCUAUAAAACAACCUCUGGAUAUUAGACAAGAUAGUUUCAGACCAUGAAGCUAUAAAGUAUCACACUUCUAUUUUUAGCCUAGCUGCAUCCAUUUUUUGGCAUUGACUUUUUCCAACAUGCUUUACAUCAAGAGAAAGUGAAGGUGAUAAAUCUUCUAAAUUCAACCAGGCAUAACAUCCCACGAAUCCUACUCUGCCUGAUUCACAAAACAUGGUAAUGCAAGUCUUAUGAAAAACGAAAGUUAACAUGGGAUGGGAGGAAGAACUAAACUUGCAUUGACAAAUCUGGCUUUGUUAAGGGGAAGUGUUUGUAAGUGCAAACUUAAAAGCAGGCUGCAGUUACCACCUUCCUGACUUGAUUUCUGUUUAAUUUAAGAAGGCUGGAAGAAAGCUUGUUUCUGCUCAUCCAGUAUUACAAAUGCUACCUGAAAUAAAUGUUCACUGCAAGAUGAUCCAUUGAGGUAACCACAGUGGUUGUGUGACAUGUGAUCUCUAAAAUGUGUGUGACCCAAAAAUUGUGCCUGUCUUGGAUUCUUUGGAAUGUGAGGGUGCAACUCCUGGACUGUGGAGUUCAGCCCCUUAAGCUGGCAAAGUGCCUGGGGACACCCCUACAAAGCUUGGGUGUUCAGGUCAUUAACAUGUAAGAAUUAUUGUAUCAGAAUGCAUCUCUCUAUAAAUUGUUUUGAACACUGUGAA